AGGCGUGACAUUAAUCUGGGACAUAAGAUCCAUAAAUUACAUCUGAUUUUAACAUUUUGACAUCUGCAACUAUUUCUGUUCAUAUACAACAACUUUAUGACUGGAUCAUUCUAGGAUUACAGUUCGUCUGUCAGACACAUUUCUCAAUUUAUAUGGGUUAUAUUCCAGGCACCAAAAAACACUAUUUGGAUCUUAACAGCAAUGGUACUAAAUCCUGUACUCAUCUUCUGUUUCAUCUCAAGUUGGUCUGCUUUGAUUUUGUCACAAAACAGCUUAAACAAAGAAGGUCUGAUAUUUAGUGACUGCAGAAUUUCUGGCGUAUUUCUGGUUCAGUCUGGAAAAGAUUACAAGUUAAACUAUUCUGAAGCAGAAGACGCCUGUCACUUCCUGGGAACAGUUCUUGCAAGUAAAUUACAGGUUGAAAAAGCUAACAGCAAUGGCUUUGAAACCUGCAGGUAUGGCUGGGUGUCAGAUAAGAUAACUGUCAUCUCGCGAGUCAAACCAAACUCCAAAUGUGGUCAAAAUAAAAUAGGAAUAAUCAUCUGGAAUAACUCUCCUGAAAAAAAAUUUGAUGCCUUUUGUUUCAAUACUACAGACAGAAAUAUUAAUUCCUGUGAGCCUAUUACAAUAAGCACCUCAACUACUUUUCAGACUAAACUAACAACACAAACAGAAACGUACAUGCCAACAGUGAAGAAUUCUGUAUCAUCUUCUACCAAAUUGACAUCUGUAUCAACGCUGAGUACCAUAUAUAGUACACCGAGCACUCCAAGAGAUGUCAAAUCUGCAUCCGCAUCUGUAUCGACAUUGAAUCCCAUAAAUAGUGCACCAAGCAGUCCAAGAAAUGUCAAAUCUGCAUCUACAUCAAUACUGAGUACCAUAUAUAGUACACUGAGCACCUCAAGAGAUGUCAAAUCUGCAUCCGCAUAUGUAUCGACAUUGAAUCCCAUAAAUAUUAUAUCAAGCACUCCAAGAGAUGUCAAAUCUAAAUCUAUAUCAACACUGAGUACCAUAUAUAGUACACUGAGAACCUCAAGAGAUGUUAUAGCAGCAUCUGUGCCAACAACGAGUACCAUAUACAGCACAAUGUACACUUCAAAAGAUUCUGUACAGAACAAUCUAGCAUAUGGUACAACUGAAUUAAUACAGAAAGAAACAACAUAUGGAGAUCUGACAUUUAGUGACUGCAGAAUUUCUGGAGUAUUUCUGGUUCAGUCUGGAAAAAAUUACAGCUUCAACUACUCUGAAGCAAAAGAUACCUGUCACUUCCUGGGCACAGUUCUUGCAAGUAAAUUACAACUAGAAAAAGCUAACAGCAAUGGCUUUGAAACCUGCAGGUAUGGCUGGGUGUCAGAUAAGGUAACUAUCAUCUCUCGAGUCAGACCAAACUCCAGAUGUGGUCAAAAUAAAACAGGAGUAAUGGUCUGGUAUAACUCUCCUAAAACAAAGUUCGAUGCAUUUUGUUUCAACACUACAGAAAGAAGGACAAAUUCUUGUGAAGCUGUAUCAGGUAGCAGGCCACCUACAGAAUCAACAUUUGCUACUGAGAUCAUUAGAGCAGACUGGGUAUAUGAUGGCUCCACGGAUGAUCCACGUUUAUUAAAAACUAAAGACAGCACAUUGGGAGUUGUACGCAUAUUGCUGAUUGUGUUGGCCCUGAUUUCCUUAGCAGCCGCUGUGCUUCUUACAAUAUUGUAUAUCAAAAAGUACAAGAAUGGCAUUACUUUUUCAGUCAACAAAGAUAAAAAUAAAGGCACUGAAUAUCAACUACAGAAAUGCUUGGAAUCUGAAGAUAAAGACAGCUCAACAAGCAGCAAUGGAAUAGAAAAUGCAGAGAUCCAGCUUGGUUCAGAAAGAACUCAAGAUAUGAAUACAAUGCAAACUGAUAUAGUAUGAAGUAUAAACUGCAGGCCAAAACAGACAUGGCUAAUGAAUCAUUUAAAGUAUUCUCCCAGUGUUUGUAAAAUAACCACAGCAUAGUGAUUCUGCUAUAUUAUUUUUAAUAAUUUUACCAAAACAUCUAAUUGGUAUUAAAAUGUUUACAAAGAAUAAAUGACUGUAAAUCCAAAACUUUAAGCAAAAUUUAAGCAAAUUACAAAUAAUGAUGUUUACUAAUCAUUUCACAUUCAGAGGUUUUCAAUGUGCUUAUGAAGCUUGGAUGAACACGUUUAACUAAUGUUGUUAAAUUUUGAAAACCAAACAUAUGGACAAGUAAAGUGCACUUUGUUAAAAAACCUUUCUGUGACAUGUAUAUCCAGUGUAUGCAGUCUGGGUCAGCAACCAUUCAUUAAAAUAAGUUUUACUAUGCAGUAGACGAACAAUCUGA